AUACCAUGUUUACUUCAUGUCAAUGAUUCAACACAGCUGGAGAUAUCAUCUCAUGGCUGAUCAAAACGCUGAUGAUGCCGGAAAGUGGAAGUUUCCGGUCUUUGUCUUCUUCCAAGACGUUAGGAAUGUGUUCAAGAGGGAUGAGCUAGGGUUGGAGAUAAUGCGCAUAGCGUUACCGGCUGCCCUUGCAUUGGCAGCGGAUCCAAUAGCGUCUUUGAUUGACACGGCCUUCAUCGGGCACUUGGGCCCGGUGGAGAUGGCAGCAGUGGGAGUUUCCAUUGCCAUUUUCAACCAAGCUUCCAAAGUCACCAUAUUCCCACUUGUAAGCAUCACCACCUCAUUCGUCGCUGAGGAAGAUACCGUCAACACUGAUCACCACCACCUCGACUUGGAGAAGGCGUCCGACACCACCAACAUUAAUGCCAUUGAUGACAAAUCCAGCAAGAUCAAGGCUGAUGAAGAAGCUAAAACAUGCGUGUCGAAUGUGGAGAGCAAGGAGAAGCGCCACAUCUCUUCAGCAUCGACAGCACUGGUUCUUGGAUUAGUGCUGGGGAUCAUCCAGACCAUAUUCCUUGUAUUCCUUGCAAAACCACUCUUGAGAUUGAUGGGAGUCAAGCUGGGAUCUCCAAUGCUGGAACCUGCAGAGAGAUACCUAAGCAUAAGGUCACUUGGUGCUCCAGCAGUUCUCCUCUCUCUAGCCAUGCAAGGCAUCUUUCGCGGAUUUAAAGAUACUAAAACUCCUCUUUAUGCUAUUGUUAUAGGUGAUCUAACAAACAUAAUCUUGGACCCCAUCUUAAUAUUCGUGUGUCGUUGGGGUGUCUCUGGUGCUGCCAUUGCUCAUGUCCUUUCACAGUACUUGAUCACUCUAAUUCUGUUUAGCAAGUUAGCAACACAGAUUGUGAUAUUACCUCCAAGCCUCAAACAUCUGCAGUUGAAAAAAUUCCUCAAGAAUGGUUCCCUCCUACUAACAAGAGUGAUAGCUGUGACUAUCUGCGUGACUUUGGCUGCUUCGUUGGCUGCAAGGUUCGGCUCCACUCCCAUGGCUGCAUUCCAGAUAAGCCUUCAAGUCUGGCUCACUUCUUCACUCCUUGCUGAUGGCUUGGCAGUUGCUGGACAGGCAAUCCUUGCUUGUGCAUUUGCUGAGAAGGAUUAUAAGAAAGCAACAGCAGCUGCAAUUCGAGUGCUGCAGAUGGGAUUUGUGCUUGGGAUUGGCCUUGCUGUGCUGGUUGGAGUAGGGCUGCAGUUCGGAUCAGGAAUAUUUUCCAAGGACAAAAAUGUUAUUCAUAUGAUCGCCAUAGGCAUCCCGUUUGUAGCAGCGACGCAGCCUAUAAACUCGCUAGCAUUCGUGUUUGAUGGUGUCAAUUUUGGAGCGUCUGACUUUGCAUACUCAGCAUACUCCAUGGUGCUAGUGUCCAUAGUAAGCAUUGGUUCAUUGUUUCUACUCUCAAAAGCAAAGGGUUUCAUUGGGAUAUGGUUGGCUUUAACUAUCUACAUGGGACUAAGAACAUUUGCAGGCUUUUGGAGGAUGGGAACGGGAACAGGACCUUGGGGCUUUCUCAAGGGUAGAUCGUCGUCAUAGAAAAUAUAUGUGAUCCUAAAUAUGUACUGAUACUAAUAAACUUCAUCCACACAUUAUUGCUGUAUUUUUGAGUUUAUCAUUGUUUUCUUCAUUCAAGAUCCUCCUCCACUUAUGUGUAUCGUUGCCCUCCAAUU